GAAAAAUAAAUAUCAGCUGUUUAUUAAAAGAUGUGUUUGUGAAGUGUCUUUAAAACUAGAGGUUAAGGUUCGGGACAUACUGUAUGGCUCACCUCAAACAGCAGCAGUAUAUUUGACGUUUCUCUGAAUAAAGCAAAACCGCAGUUAAAACCUAAAUAUGGUUAUUUAUGGAGUGUAUAUAGUUUCUAAGUCUGGAGGAUUGAUAUUCAAUCAUGAAAAUAAUGUGCCGAAAAUUGAAACUGAGAAAACAUUCAGCUAUCCACUUAAUAUAAAACUUAAUUAUGAAAAUAAGAAAAUUGUAGUAGAUUUUGGUCAAAGAGAUGGAAUAAUGGUGGGCCACGUGCUGCUGGCGCUGAACGGCGUCCCGGUGACCGGGCGUCAGAUGGACGACGGCCGGGACGUGCUCCAGGUGCUGGACGACCCCGAGAGCUUCCCGCUCGACCUCAAGUUCGGGCGGCCCCGCAUGACCACCAACGAGAAGAUCUUCCUGGCGAGCAUGUUCUACCCGCUGUUUGCCAUCGCGAGCCAGCUCAGCCCUGAGCCGCGCAGCUCGGGGAUCGAGGUGUUGGAGGCUGACACCUUCCGGCUGCACUGCUUCCAGACGCUCACCGGGGUCAAGUUCAUGGUGGUGGCGGAGCCGAACCAGGGCGGCCUGGAGACGCUGCUGAGGAAGAUAUACGAGCUGUACGCCGACUACGCCCUGAAGAACCCCUUCUACUCGCUGGAGAUGCCCAUCCGCUGCGAGCUGUUCGACUCGCACCUGCAGCAGCUGCUGGAGCACGUGGAGAGGACGGGCGUGACGUACGUGUGACCGCUGUCGCGCCCUCACAUUCCCUCCAAGCUGGAGUACAGUGCUGUUUCACUUAUCUGAGUUUCUGUUUGUUUAUUAAAUUUUGCUAACCUACUUGUGAAAGGUUAUGUCUGUAGCAACCUAUGCUCUUGACAAAAAUGCAGUGUACUAAUUCUGUGUAUUUUCUAGUGAUGUGUACAAAUUUUAUAUACAUUUAUUUAUUUAUUUAUAUAAAUUUUCAAGUUUGCUUAAACAAUUUUUGAAAAUAUUUUUAUUUGUUUUCCAAAUAUUAGUUACAGUUUUAUAGGUUCAGUAUUGUGAAAACAUUUCUUUUUUAAAUUUAUAUAUAUUUUUACCAAGAAAUAAAAUUGCAUAUUGUAUCAAUGCGCUAUAUUUAAAAUAAAAAUGGGGAUUUUUUUUUUUUUUUUUUUUUCAUUUUUGAAAUACAUCCAGGCAUUAAGAAAUAGCAAAUGAUGUUUCAGUUGCUAUAGAUGGGAGCUUUUUUUUUUUACUUAUAAUGCUUAGGUAAUUGUAUAGUUUUUUAAUUUUUAAAUUAUCAUGAACCAAAAUGUCUCCAAAACUUUAGGAAAAAGAAAUGUGAUACUAAAAAUACAAAGUAUAAAAUGCAAAUCAGACCAUUGGAUUAUUUGUUUUUAACGAUCCCUGACUAUUUAAAGGUUGGCAUUGCUGCUUUAGAGGUUUAUCUCUGUUCUCCAGUAUACGAACAAGGUGAGAAGUUUAAAAUGCCUCAGACUGGUCACAUGGUCUACCUGCCAUAAAGGGACAAAAGAAGUGCUUGAGUUUAGCAAUGAAGUCAGUUUUGUAUAUUUUUGUGGUACAAUGAAAGUAAAUGGUUACAAAAAAUUUUUGAUUUAAUUAUUAAUUUUAGUAAAUUUGGAGAGUACUAAAUUAUAUCUCACAAAUAUUCAGUUCAAAAUUUGUAAUAAUUUAAUAAUCAAAAAAUAAUAAAGUAUCUUGAGUAUGGUUUAGUAAGUUUAAUUCUUAGGUAGUUCAGAUACUUUUCAUAAUGAGUUUCAUUUGUACUUUGAGAUAUAAUUUGGCUAUUUUAAAAAUACACACUAAAACAAAGAUGGUAGAAAAUAUGUAAUGUAGCACUCUUUUACUUAAAUAUUUUUAAGGUUUUGGUAAAUCACACUUUCCAGCUUUACUGCAUUGUGGUCACUGCAAUUCUGUGUUAUUGAACUUUCGACAUUGUAGUGCAAUCCUGUCGUGCAAGAUUGUAGUAUUUAACUUUCUUAGGAGAGGAUGUAUUGAAUGUAACAGUGUUAGUACUUUGUAUCAUUAAUGUACAAAUUAAGUGGCUUAUACAAGAAAAGCAUCUUUUGGGGGCCUGUCAAGAUAGAAUUGAAACUUCUAUUCAUAAUUUAAAUUUAAAUGUUCAUAAUAAGUUUAAUGUUGUCUGCUCGAAUAAUGAAGGUAUUUAAACUUUUGUAAAUAAAAUUAAGAAUUAAAGCAGCCAAGAAAAUAUUUAGCGCACCCUUUAAAACUUCUAUGUGCUUUCUGCUAGCAUACAAACGUGAUAUUGAUAAGCAUUUGCAGCCAACCCUAGCUUUAUCUUCCAAAUUGAGGAAAUGGUUGGCUUCAACUAGACUCAACCCUUCUUUCGUAAAAAAAAUUGACUGCUUUUUUCAAUGCCAAAUGCCAAGAGCAACCUCGGUGUCGGUGUCCAAAAAAAAAAAAAUGUGUGUAGGGUUCACACCCCUUCACCACUUUUUUUUACCCCUUCUCAGCUCACAUUUCCUUCAUUGGAACCUAAACAUUAAACCCCAUCGCAAAUGCACACUCAGUAAGCUGUACUGCCCACUCUACCACCACUAUGAUUUUACAAAUGUAAUCACUCCCAUCCAUCAUCCAACCACCUAAUAAUAGCAGUAAACCGUUCUUGCCCUUUCCUUCAGACCAUUUACCACCCUUUUCUACCUACCUAAUUAUGUAUGUAUCUUACCUACACAGCCACCACAGCCAUUCGCACUUCCUCCCAACAAUUUCUUGCUCUUGUUUUCAUCAUUUUAAACCACCCCAGAAACUCGCCAGUCACCGUCACUAAAUACCACCUUUAUCCCAACAUCAAUCAAUGUGCACCCUACAAAGCCACCCUCAACCAUCCAACCCCCUUAGGUCAGGCCCACCAACUUACCGCUCCUCAAGGGUACGAGUAUCAGUUCUAUGAAAAAAUUACACUGCCAUUACGGAAUGGCGGGCGAGUCGUUAUCAACUGCUGAAUCAUUGUAUUGAUAGGAACUUCCAGCUUGCCUUCACACGUCAACUGUCGUUAAAUGGCAAUAGUUACUCGCAGUUGCUCUCCCCAUCAGUCGCCCAGAAAUCGCCCGCCACCGCCGUCAAAUGUUGUUCACUUCAGUCAAGUGAGAGCGUUCACACAGGCAACUGUAUCUCAUCAACUUUCCUAAUUAUUUUAACGUAAAACUUGUAUGCUGCGUUUGAUACCAAGACAUUCAUUGAGUUGGUUCAUGAGCGACCAGCCCUGCGCAAAAUGUCUAAUGUUGAUUACGCUAAUAAACUUGUGAAAAUAAAUAUGUCGUACAAAA